CAGUGCUGCUGCCGACGGCGGCGGCGGCCCUGCCGGAUCCUCAACGCCCCGGGGAGGUGGCGGUGCCGCCGGGGGGGCUGGUGGCGGCGGUCUGAAGCCCCUGUCAUCCUACCCGGCGGAAGGGGCCGUACGGCCCCUUGUGGUUGCAAUCAUGGACCGGUCACGAUUGGCUUCACUGCCACCCUCAGCCCUGGCGGACACGCUCCUGGCCCUCGCGGCGGCCCCAGCGCUCCCCGCCGCCGAUUGGUCCAUGGCCUGCCGUACACUCCUCGCCUCCGCCGCCACUGCCGUACAACCCCCUGGCACCGGCGUCGCCUCCUCAGCUAUGUCGUCUUCCGGCCUCCGGUUGCAAGCCGCAACGCUGCUGUUUGCGCUGUCCCAUGGGUCGGUCCCGUCCCUUGGACUUGGGACCCUACUGGAGGACUUCGUUGCGCCUGCGCGGUUUGCCGUACUGCCCCCUGCCGUACAAGGGUUGCUUCUGGCCCGCCUGCCUGCGUUGCUGCGCAGCUUGGCCGCUAAGCGCGCAGCUGCUGUCGUCCAAGCGCUGCCGGGGUUGCUAACAGCAGCGGCGGCGACGGCAGCAGCGACUGUCAAGGUGGGCGGAUGCGCCGACGCUGAGCGCAGCCAAGGUGCCGACGCGGACGCACCGUUUCCCUGGCAUUCAACCGCUGGCUUGGAUGAUCCGGCGCUGCAGCUGACGUGGUUGCGGCGAGUACGACAGUCCCUUGGACCCCUGCCGUACAGCGACGGCGGUGCUGGGACCGGCAUCGGCAGCAGCAGCAGCAGCGGCACGAGCGCCUGGCUGGCGGCGCACUGCUGGCUGGGGCUGCUGGGGGUGUGUCGUGCGUGGCAGGCCAAGGAUGCGAUGCUGGUGCACAGGGACAUCACCCAGGCCGCCCACUCGACGAUCGCCUCGCUCGCAUCCCUCCUGCCGCCGCUACCGUCGCUGCAACCCGGAGAGGCCGCUCAGCUCAUGGCCUGGGCCGCUGGAGCCAAUGCAAGCGGCGGCGGCGGCGGUUCCGCAGCAGCCGCUGCUGCCGCCGUCACCCUCGCCGCCGGCGGCGACGAUUGGAACUCGUACGGCCCCUCCGGCCGGCCGCUUGCGCUUGAAGCACCGGCGGAGGAGGCUGCCAAUGCACCUCCGCUGGCAGCGCUGACGGGGCUAGCGGGUACUGUACGGCAUGGCAGUUGCGGCGGCGGCGGCGGCCGUACCAGUGAUGCCGUACGAGCCACAGUGACAUUAUGGUCGCUGGCGGUGUGCUGCCUCCGCUGCCUGCGACCGGACUUCCUAACGGCUCAGAUCCUGGCGGCGGAGACGGCGGCGGCGGCGGCGGAGGCGGAGGCGCCGCCAACAUCGCUGGCGGCGGCCGCCGUCGCGUCGCUGCAGCUGCGCUGCGUGCUGGUGGCGACUGGCCACGUCAGCUACCGGGAGCUCAUGCCGGUUCGUACGGCAGCAGCGAUGGCGGCGGUAACGGUAACGUCAACGGCUAUGAUGGCGACGGCGGCAGGAGAGGGAGACGUGUUGCUGGUACCGCUGAGCUUGGCGCUGACGGCAACGCCACAGACAUUCCAGGUGCGGUGGG